GUAAGAACGUAAACACCUAAAACCUGCGUUGCAUGAAGCAUUGUUUGAUAUUAAAUACAUUAAAUCCUUUUACUUGCUCGUCGCGCAUCCUCUAAUUUAAUAAUUUCACUAACCGGUGUUCCUGUUGUAAGGCAAAACUAACCAUCGUGGCACCGUGAAUGGUAAUAGAAGAAAGUCCGGUUGUGAACAAACACAGACAUUAACCAUGGUGGAUGCAAAUUGGAUAGAAAUUAAUGAAAUCAAAGGAUUUCUCACGUUCCUAGCAAGUAUCGAUUGGUACGACCCGUGGUUGAUUGGAUUAAUCGCAUUCCACAUAUGCAUUACCUCGACAGCAUUGCUAACCCGCAAUUGCGGCAAUUUUCAGGUGUUUCUGUUCUUCGUGCUCUUGCUACUGGUGUACUUUUCGGAAAGCAUUAACGAGUAUGCGGCGAUUAAUUGGAGGAUUUUUUCAAAGCAGCAAUACUUCGACGAUAAAGGUCUCUUCAUAUCAGUAGUAUUUUCGGUGCCCAUCCUGCUAAACUGCAUGCUAAUGGUGGGGAGCUGGUUGUAUCAAUCGACACAACUGAUGAGUCGAUUGAAAACGGCACAGCUGAAGCAACAGAUCCGGCAAUCCAAUAGCAGGCAGCGGCUGAAGGAAGACUAAAAUCGCGUUCGCCUUCGCUUGUCCCAAGGAAAGUGCAAAUCAAGCAAAGGAAUCCACUGAAUACCUGUAUGGUUGGCAAAAGCAUGAAAUGCGCAUAUAGGAAAUUGAUGAUGACUAGAAUAGCGAAUUGAGGAUCUUUCGGGGACUUCUUUUAUGCCAGUAACCGCUACUUCGACCAUUAAGUGACUUCAAUCGAGGCGCAACGUUCCUGCCGGCGCCCAGAUGAAUUGUUUUAUUUCUAACUGUUCUCGUACUAAAAGUGCAAUAUCUAUUCAGGGAGGCAUGUUUUACUCCACUUGAUACUUGCUGACCGAUGAAAAAGUUGUUCAUUGCCUCUGCUUUCGCUUGCGGCUUAGGCGAAAAUCCUUUCUCGCCGAUGGCAGUACCUUCUUGCCGCUUAUUAUUCUUGUGUGUACUCUAUUAGAAAUUUACACAUUCGCAAGGGGAUGAUGAAACUUUGCAAUUGCUGUGAAUCGCGUUAACCAUCACAUUGCGUCGAGAACCCGCGCUGGACACGCGGAUAGAGGAUUAGGGUUUUGUUGAAAUGUUGUUCAAGAAACGAUUUUUCUGCAUUAUUAGUGAUAUGUACAUAAUGUAACAGGAAAGUACAGCAGAUGGGAUCACGUAGUGAUCGCUAAUAGGGCCCGAAGACAGGAAUGUUUCUGUAUGUGCAAUUGUGUGUGGAAUAAAGGAGUCUGUUUUAAACAUCGGGUAUGCUUUCUUCCACUGGCAACUGAUCCUUGGGUGUGUAGGUACCAGACACUGAAAGUUGAUGUAAUUGUGAUUCCCAGCCGUUUAAAUAAAAAACAAAAACCAUCUUAUAGCCAUUAUAGAACUAGCCAAAGUGUGUAUCAACAGCAAACAAAGAAAUGGAUCCUUUUUUUUUAUUAAAAUCUAUAA